GUUCUCGCGGUCGGCGGGCAGCAGGUGCUGGACGGCGCUCUCUCUUACGGCGAGCUCUCCUCCUUCUUCAUGUACACCCUCUUCCUCGGCUUCAACGCCGGCAACAUCGCCACCGCAUACGCCGAGCUGCGCCGCGCCGCCGGCGCGUCGGAGCGCGUUCUCGCCCUCAUCGGCCGCCCGCCUCCUCUGACCGGGUCCGGCACGCUGCCGGACUGCCGCGGGGAGGUCGCCUUCGAGAACCUCCGGUUCGCCUACCCGACGCGACCGGCCGAGACGAUCCUCGACGGGCUCAGCUUGCGCGUGCGGCAGGGGGAGCGUGUCGCCGUGAUUGGGCAGAGUGGCUCAGGCAAGUCGACGCUCAUCUCCCUCCUCACGGGGCUGUACGAGCCUGCGGGGGGGCGAGACAUCGCCGAGAUAUGGCCGAGAUUAGCCCUGUGCGUCGCAGUGGUGCCGCAGGAGCCAGUCCUGCUGAGCGGCUCGCUGCGCGACAACAUUGCCCUCGGCAAGCCGGACGCUACAGAGGAGGAGCUGCGAGAUGCGGCUCGCCGCGCCGGGUGCGAUUUCGCCCUCUCUGGAGGGGCGUGGGAGCGCGAGGUGGGAGAGCAGGGGAUGCAACUCUCGGGUGGGCAGCGGCAGCGCAUCGCGCUCGCGCGCGUGCUGCUGCGCCCGUCGCCCGUGGUCGCGCUAGACGAGUUCACCGCCGCACUCGACCCGGCGACCGAGGCGGCGCUGCUCGACUCGGUGGAGGAGGCCCUCGCCGGCAGGACGCUCCUCCUCGUCACGCACCGCAAGUCGGCGCUCCGGAUCGCCGACCGUGUCGUC